CUUCCAGCACCUGAGACAGCGGCGGGUAGGACUGCGAUCCGAUAGGAUUUGGCCGGCCGGCGUGGCGGAGCUCGCGCUGCACUGAUUGCGGCGCGCGCCUUUCCACCAGCACUGCGCGCGGAGGAUCAACCUGCGCAAUAACGGUCAGCUUUCCUGUCAGUGCAGAGGGCAGAGCUGACGCACACACCGGAGAGAGAGAGAGGGGAAACCAUCUCCACACGCCGCUCCGAUCUCCCUUCACAUAGCCGAGGAGGGCGACGGAGUGGUACGGAAAUAGUGACUGCCCUCAUGGGUAACCGGGACAUGGAGGACCUGAUCCCGCUGGUAAACCGGCUGCAGGAUGCUUUCAGCGCCAUUGGGCAGACCUGCAACCUGGACCUGCCGCAGAUAGCUGUGGUGGGCGGCCAGAGCGCCGGGAAGAGCUCGGUGCUGGAGAACUUCGUGGGCAGGGAUUUCCUUCCACGUGGAUCAGGCAUUGUGACAAGACGUCCUUUGGUUCUUCAGCUCAUUAAUUCUACAACAGAAUAUGCAGAGUUUCUACAUUGCAAAGGUAUUAAAUUCACUGAUUUUGAUGAAGUGCGGCAAGAGAUUGAAGCAGAAACUGAUAGAGCAACAGGCAUGAAUAAAGGCAUUUCUCCCAUCCCUAUUAAUUUAAGGAUAUAUUCUCCAAAUGUAUUGAACUUGACGUUAAUCGAUUUGCCGGGCAUUACAAAAGUCCCAGUAGGGGAUCAGCCUCUGGAUAUUGAAGCCCAAAUACGUGAAAUGAUUAUGCAGUUUAUCAUAAGAGAGAAUUGUCUGAUACUCGCUGUGACUCCUGCCAAUACAGACCUUGCAAACUCUGAUGCUCUGAAGCUGGCUAAAGAUGUUGAUCCACAAGGUUUGAGGACCAUUGGAGUGAUCACAAAACUGGACCUGAUGGAUGAAGGAACAGACGCACGAGAGAUUUUGGAAAACAAGUUGCUUCCUCUUCGAAGGGGCUAUGCUGGUGUCGUGAACAGAAGUCAGAAAGAUAUUGAUGGUAAAAAGGAUAUUCAGGCUGCCUUGACAGCAGAAAGGAAGUUUUUCCUGUCUAAUCCAGCCUACAGGCACAUGGCAGAUCGCAUGGGGACCCCUCAUCUUCAGAAAGUUUUAAAUCAGCAACUAACCAACCACAUACGAGAUACGUUACCUGACUUCAGGAACAAACUACAAAGUCAACUUCUAUCAAUAGAACAUGAAGUAGAGAUUUUAAAACAUUUUAAACCUGAAGAUCCUUCUAGGAAAACUAAGGCAUUGCUUCAAAUGGUCCAGCAUUUUGCAGUGGACUUUGAGAAAAGGAUUGAAGGAUCUGGAGAUCAGGUGGAUACCCUGGAGCUCUCUGGUGGUGCCAAAAUCAAUCGUAUUUUCCACGAGCGUUUCCCGUUUGAGUUAGUAAAGAUGGAAUUUGAAGAAAAGGACCUUCGGAAGGAAAUUAGCUAUGCAAUCAAAAAUAUUCAUGGAAUCAGAACUGGACUGUUCACUCCAGAUAUGGCAUUUGAAGCAAUAGUGAAGAAACAAAUUGUGAAACUGAAAGGACCAGCACUGAAAUGUGUGGACCUAGUAAUGCAAGAAUUAAUUGAUACUGUUAGGAAAUGUUCAGCAAAGCUUUCUGAUUAUCCAAAACUAUGUGAAGAGACUGAAAAGAUUGUUACUACAUACAUACGUGAAAGGGAAGGAAAAACCAAAGAUCAAGUAUUGCUAUUGAUCGAUAUCCAGCUCUCUUAUAUUAACACCAAUCAUGAAGAUUUUAUUGGUUUUGCCAAUGCACAACAAAGAUGCAACCCUCUAAAGAAGAAAAGCCCAAUAGGAAAUGUGGAUUUUAACAAAGUUCCUUCUACUUGCUUAAACACUUCUACCAAGACUUUGGAUGCUGAAGAUCUGCCUCGAGCUUCCCUUAACCGUGUAUUUUGUGUGGUCAUUCGUAAAGGCUGGUUGACUAUAAGCAACAUCAGCAUCAUGAAAGGAGGUUCCAAAGACUACUGGUUCAUUCUUACUGCUGAGAGCCUUUCCUGGUAUAAAGAUGAUGAGGAAAAAGAGAAGAAGUACAUGCUACCUUUGGACAACCUGAAGGUCCGUGAUGUGGAAAAAGGAUUCAUGUCCAGUAAACACAUCUUUGCGCUGUUCAACACGGAGCAAAGGAAUGUAUACAAGGAUUACCGGUGUUUGGAAUUGGCCUGUGACACCCAGGAAGAAAUGGACAGUUGGAAGGCAUCCUUACUUCGUGCUGGCGUCUAUCCUGAUAAAUCAGCAGCUGAUACAGAAGAAGAGUCUCAGGCUGAUCAUUUUUCAAUGGAUCCCCAGUUGGAAAGGCAGGUGGAGACCAUUCGGAACUUGGUAGACUCGUACAUGGCAAUUAUUAACAAAUGCAUUAGAGACCUGAUACCGAAGACCUUAAUGCACCUCAUGAUGAACAGUGUGAAGGAAUUCAUCAACUCUGAGCUCCUUGCUCACUUGUAUUCUUCUGAGGAUCAAAACACUUUGAUGGAGGAGUCUGCUGAGCAGGCUCAGAGACGAGAUGAAAUGCUAAGGAUGUACCAUGCCCUCAAGGAAGCUCUUCAAAUCAUUGGGGAUAUCAGCACAACAACUAUUUCUACCCCUUUACCCCCACCUGUAGAUGAUUCCUGGAUGUUGCAGUCACGCAGGUCUCCACCUUCAAGUCCAACAAACCAAAAAAGAUCUGUUCAGCAAGCUACUACACGACCACGUGGCCCUGCACCUUCUGCUCCAUCUUCAGGCAUUCAACUAGCGGCUCCUCCAGUACCUAACCGUCCUGGGCCUUUACCUCCUUUUCCCAACAACAAUGAUCCAUUUAUGAUGCCACCUCAGAUACCUUCACGACCAUCUCGUGCUCCACCCAGUGUUCCCAGCCGAAGACCACCUCCCUCACCCACUCGGACAACUAUUAUACGUGCAUCGGACCCACCACUCUUAGAUUAAUGUUUACAUUAAGAGUGAGAGUAUAGUAGCAUUCUCUGUAGCUCAUUCUUGGUAACACUUCAAUUUGCUCAAGUAAAAUCUAUGCUUGUGUGGGUAUGUAGUUCUGUGGCCAAUCUACUAUGGCAAUGUGCACCUUUGCCCUUUUUUGUCGCAUGGCUGAACUGCAAAGCAUUUCACCGUCAUGUGAAGACAUUAUUAGACUCUGCUGUGGAUUUCCCUCUCAAGCUUGUUUUAGUGGUUGAAGAAGACCUGCAUUACUGUACUGCUUCCUAACAUUGUGUAUUAGAUUGUGUCAUCAACAUUACCUUAUAUUUUUCUAACUUGUUUCUGGUCAUUUUUUCUUCUAUGAGUGUAAACUAGCAAAGCCACAAAUUACCUUUAACUUUGUAUUGUGGAUUAUUAUUUUUUUUUCAUUAAUUCUUUGGCGACACUCAGGAUCAUUAUGUUGUAUGUGGAGCAAAGAAAAUCUUAUUUUCUUGUGUGUAUUCCUACUGGUCAUUUCUAAAGUUUUGGUUAUUUUCUGGGUGUUGGAGCACUAACUACCUUAAACUGAAGCAAAUAUAUUGAAACACCUGUAGUAAGCAUUUAGAUGUUACAAACCAUUUAAUUGAACUAAAUAUAAAAUGGCUUAAAAUCAAACAAUGUGUGCUAAUCGUAUCUCGUGCUAAUCUAUUAACAGUUUUAUUACAGGGUACAUACUUAGCGUGUGCUCCUUGCCUGUAGAAUAGACUGUACCACAUUUAGCCUGAAGUUUGUAUUAUGUUUGUCCUGUAUACUUGCAAUAUUUACCACCAUCCACUUCUGAAAAUGGAAUAUGUUCAUGUAUCUAAUUCAUAUGAAUAAAAUCUAGAUAA